CGUCCGGGGACCUUCCUGGAGGGCAACCCUCUCUCACCGAGGCCACCCCUCGCGCAGCCCUGGGCGAUAGGACCUCGCGGGCCCCUCACCAUGGCCACGCGGCCGCGACUCCUCAUCCGCGGGGGUCGCGUGGUCAACGAUGACUCCUCGCAAGUGACCGACGUGCUGGUGGAGGACGGCGUGGUGCGAGCGCUCGGCCGCGACCUGCUGCCGCCCGGGGGCGCGCCCGCGGGGCUGCGCGUCAUCGACGCGGCGGGCAAGCUGGUCCUGCCCGGCGGCAUCGACACGCACACGCACAUGCAGUUCCCCUUCAUGGGCUCACUGUCCGUCGACGACUUCCACCAGGGCACCAAGGCUGCUCUGGCAGGAGGUACCACCAUGAUCAUUGAUUUUGCCAUCCCUCAGAAAGGUGGCUCCCUCCUUGAGGCCUUCGAGACCUGGCGGAGCUGGGCUGACCCCAAAGUCUGCUGUGACUACAGCCUCCAUGUGGCUGUGACGUGGUGGAGUGACCAGGUUAAAGAAGAAAUGAAAGUCCUUGCCAGAGACAAAGGUGUCAAUUCUUUCAAGAUGUUUAUGGCCUAUAGAGAUUUGUACAUGGUGGGAGACAAGGAGCUGUAUGCAGCCUUCUCUCAGUGCAAGGAAAUCGGUGCAGUUGCUCAGGUCCAUGCAGAAAAUGGAGACUUAAUUGCAGAGGGGGCAAAGAAGAUGCUGGCACUGGGGAUAACUGGCCCUGAGGGCCACGAGCUGUGCCGACCAGAAGCAGUGGAGGCAGAGGCCACGCUGAGAGCCAUCACCAUAGCCAGCGCUGUGAACUGCCCUCUCUACGUGGUGCAUGUGAUGAGCAAAUCUGCAGCCAAGGUGAUAGCAGAUGCACGGAGAGAUGGGAAGGUGGUCUAUGGAGAGCCCAUAGCAGCGAGUCUGGGCACUGAUGGCACACACUACUGGAAUAAAGAAUGGCACCAUGCAGCCCACCACGUCAUGGGUCCACCUCUGCGACCAGACCCUUCGACUCCUGGCUUUCUCAUGAAUCUAUUGGCUAAUGAUGAUCUGACCACAACAGGGACUGACCACUGCACUUUCAACACCUGCCAGAAAGCUCUUGGGAAGGAUGACUUUACUAAGAUUCCCAAUGGGGUGAAUGGUGUUGAGGACCGAAUGUCAGUCAUAUGGGAAAAAGGCGUGCAUAGUGGUAAAAUGGACGAAAACCGAUUUGUGGCAGUUACUAGCACAAAUGCAGCCAAAAUAUUUAAUCUCUACCCGAGAAAAGGAAGAAUAGCUGUAGGAUCAGAUGCUGACAUUGUGAUUUGGGACCCAAAAGCCACAAGGACAAUCUCAGCUAAGACUCAUCACCAGGCAGUUAACUUCAACAUCUUCGAGGGCAUGGUUUGCCAUGGGGUGCCCCUGGUGACCAUUUCAAGGGGCAAAGUGGUGUAUGAAGCUGGAGUGCUCAACGUCACGGCAGGAGAAGGGAAGUUCAUUCCACGCAAACCGUUUGCUGAAUAUGUUUACCAACGAAUCCAGCAGCGAGACCAGACUUGCACACCUGUGCCGGUGGAGCGUGCACCCUAUAAGGGAGAGGUCAGCAUGUUGAAAUCCAGAGACUCUACAGCAGGGACCAGGAUGCAGGAUCACUCCUGAUUUGGUGCUGCAUUUAAAGAGUCCAAGGUCAAAGACUUAAAAGGGAUGUAAAACUCAAGGACGGUUGAGCUAAGGAAAGACUGAUAAAAGACCUGUUGGUGUAGAACAGUUAGAUGAGUCUUCCGGAUUGAAGAAGGCCUUGGGAUAAGAUCAAGGAACAUUCCAUGGAGCCCUGGAAAAUCUACCACAAGUAAGAAGCAGUGGGUCGGGAGCAUGACGAGGGCCCUGUUACUGCACUACUUACAGCAAGGAGUGUCAUUUCAUGGUCAAAAUUUAUAAGCCAAUUAGAACUUUAUAUGAAACAAUGAAUCUUUGUAUUGUAAAUGCCAUUGUGUUCUAGAAUUUAGAAUGCAUGAAAAAUGAAUGUUGCUUUCAUGAAUGUAAUUCUCAGGAAAAAAAUAUUUGAUAGUAUGUGAUGCACUUUUUCCUCAUGCUUAAUUUUUGGAAUAAUAUAGAUAUGAUCAUUUGUGUAAAGAUGUUCCAUCAGUUUCCCCUUGGCCUUUUUGACACAGAUGUUUCUUUGUGUCUUGGAGCUGCUGUGAUCACCAUCCUUGUCAAUUUUUUUCUUUGUUUUCUAGUCCUGUUCUGCCAUAUCCCUACUUAACGACAGUCGCCUUGCUACGAUUUUAGUAUCUCUCUAUCGACUUCAUAAAAUCUACAUAUUUUUCCAGUUUUCUAAUUUUACUAAGCUCUGAAACUUUUAAAAAUUUAUUUCAUGACAUGUUUUCAGAUGUUUCAAUUUGUAACAAUCUGCAUGAGACUUUAACCUAGGGUUGACCUGAUGGACAGGGCUAGAGGUUUGUACUAAUCAGCAGCUCUACUUGACAAAGGUCUGGUCUUAUCUGUGCUCAGGCAUUGCACAGAGUCACAUUUUGACAGCUUGUGCUUCCCUACAAACCCCCCCUGACUGCAGGGAUUGGGAUAAUGAAUUCUUGAAUAACCAAGCCCUUUGACCCACAUGCUGCGCCUGUUUUCCGUCUUAAACGUUUUCUAGCCCCAAGUUCCAGUGUUUUUGUUGUUUCCAGAUCACUGGAAUUAUUCUUCCAAUUCAGGGAGAUUAUAUUAAAAAUUCAGAGGAAGAUCAGCAAGGGAAGAAAAUGCUACUGAAAGCUAUUGCAUGCUAUGAACCACAUUUGCAGGAGCAGGCUUGGUGUUUACUUUGAUUAGAGCAUUUCUUGGGGUUAGCUUGAAUUCUGCCUUUCUUUGUGAGAGAGAAUGCUACACGGAGUGGCUUUCAUUCCCUUCAAAGGUAAAAUCAGAGGAAAGAAUGCUGCCUUCCCCUCAGCACACGUCGUCAGCCCGUAGAGAGGCAGGCCUUAUUUCAAUUCCCUAAGAUCCUUUAGGGAAAAUAAUCGCUCUAGGCCUCUUUGAUUUUCUUUCAACUGUAAUUGCUGUCUUCCUCACUAUGCCAUUAUUGCUGCCUAAGAUUGAGGAUAUAAAUGAAUAUUAUUGUGAUGGAAAGUCUGUGUGAAAAUUCAUUAAUGUUCCUUUAAAAUUUUUGCUUGCACUAGAUUUCUUUCUUUGAAUUUAGAAAAAUCACUUUCUUGUUUAACAGUUUUGUUUUUUAGUGGCUACAUUUGUUUUAAAAUUGCACUGUGAUUUUACAUUUUAUUGUAACUAAUAAACAUUGAGAUCUUCAUUUGA